UAUAAUACGUUGCUUCAUCCCACUGGUUGCAAGUAAGCCCUUUUUCGUAAUUUGGCUUGUGAAUUAGGCCUAUAAAUUAAGGGCAAUCGGGAACAGCAAUUCCCAUCUCAUAAUCAAAACCAGUCUAAUUUCAAAGCCUUCUUCAAAGCUUCAAGAUGCAAAUUUUCGUCAAGACCCUCACCGGCAAGACCAUCACCCUUGAGGUGGAAAGCUCCGACACCAUCGAUAAUGUCAAGGCCAAGAUCCAAGAUAAAGAAGGAAUCCCACCAGAUCAACAGAGGCUUAUCUUUGCUGGUAAGCAGCUAGAGGAUGGUCGUACACUUGCUGACUACAACAUUCAGAAGGAGUCCACCCUCCACUUGGUCCUUCGUUUGAGGGGUGGUAUGCAAAUCUUUGUUAAGACCCUCACCGGCAAGACUAUCACCCUCGAGGUGGAAAGCUCGGACACCAUUGAUAAUGUCAAGGCCAAGAUCCAAGACAAAGAAGGGAUCCCUCCAGACCAGCAGAGACUUAUCUUUGCCGGUAAGCAACUAGAAGAUGGCCGUACCCUGGCUGAUUACAACAUCCAAAAGGAGUCCACCCUCCAUUUGGUGCUCCGCCUUCGUGGAGGAAUGCAAAUCUUUGUUAAGACCUUGACCGGAAAGACAAUUACUUUGGAGGUUGAGAGUUCAGAUACCAUUGACAAUGUCAAGGCUAAGAUCCAGGACAAGGAGGGUAUUCCGCCAGACCAGCAGAGGUUGAUCUUUGCUGGUAAGCAAUUAGAAGAUGGCCGCACCCUGGCUGACUACAACAUCCAAAAGGAAUCCACCCUCCAUUUGGUGCUUCGUCUUCGUGGUGGUAUGCAAAUAUUUGUGAAGACUCUUACCGGAAAGACCAUUACUUUGGAGGUUGAGAGUUCAGAUACCAUUGACAAUGUCAAGGCUAAGAUCCAGGACAAGGAGGGUAUUCCCCCAGACCAACAGAGGUUGAUCUUUGCCGGUAAGCAACUUGAAGAUGGCCGCACUCUCGCUGAUUACAACAUCCAAAAGGAAUCCACCCUCCAUUUGGUGCUUCGUCUUCGUGGUGGUAUGCAGAUUUUUGUGAAGACUCUUACCGGGAAAACCAUCACCUUGGAAGUUGAGAGCUCCGACACUAUUGACAAUGUCAAGGCCAAAAUCCAGGACAAGGAAGGUAUCCCUCCAGACCAACAGAGGUUGAUUUUCGCGGGUAAGCAGCUUGAGGAUGGCAGGACACUUGCAGACUACAACAUUCAAAAGGAGUCGACCCUCCAUUUGGUUCUUCGUCUUCGUGGUGGGAUGCAAAUUUUUGUGAAGACAUUGACAGGAAAGACCAUCACUUUGGAAGUUGAAAGCUCGGACACUAUUGAUAAUGUGAAGGCCAAGAUCCAAGAUAAGGAAGGAAUCCCGCCAGACCAGCAGAGGUUGAUCUUUGCAGGGAAGCAACUUGAAGAUGGAAGGACCUUGGCAGACUACAACAUCCAGAGAAUCGACUCUGCACCUUGUCCUCCGCCUUCGCGGUGGUUUCCGAAUGGUCUUUUGAAGAAGUGUCUUUUAUGAUGGGGUUCAACAUUAUGUUUCUAGUUUUAUGUUUAUCUAAUUAAGCCUGCUGUGAUGCAGUGGCUAAAUGCUAUAAGUUAUAAUUUGCAUAAACUCUUUUUUAGUUCUCUGCUUAUGUUUAAGGUUUCAUGGCUGCCAGCACUUUGGUCAUUGAAAUAAUUUUUCAUAUAAAGUUUCUAAGCUAUCA